AGAUGUGAACGUAGAGAUAGAAAAUCACGUAUCCUAUCCAAAUAAUAAAUGAGCGAAAAAUAAAAGUUACAACAGUCUUUAUUAGAUUUUACAUGGAAGUGUAUUUUAUAAAUACUGGAAGCCAGUCUGAGGAAGAAGAAGUGUUUCUGUUGUAAGACCAGUCCAGUGCGAGGUCAGAGAUGAAGCUCCAAACUUAUUACUAAUUCACUGCUUGAUGAGGAUAAUUUUGCACAUUGUGGCAGUGAUGGUUUAAUAUGGGGCAAUGUUCAUAUGAUAAUGAGCAGAAGAAAAAUGCUCACCAGUGCCACUUCAUUUACCAUGAAUGUCACUUGAAUUUGCCCAGGAUUAAACCUAGUUCUCUAUGUUGGUGUUCUUAGUCUCCCGCAGGACGGACAGCUAUGUGGUUGACAAUUGCGAACAAAGCCAAUGUAUUGUGAGGCUCCUGAAUCGAGGUGAGAGACUUAAGUUGGUCGACCUGCUGCGACUUCUCGAAAGGAAUUAGUGGCAAAGAUAUUCUGAAAAUUAUUAAGUUCUAGGAUGUCUGCAGAAAUUUGAAGUUAGAUACAAUUAUCAGAAGUAUGAAGCCACGUCACUAGGAUUCUUUUAUACAACUCACGAACCACCAUGUGUGAUGAGCAAGAAUUAAAUUUAGAAAAUAUUGUGCCGUCUGUUGCAAUGAGAGUGCCGAAAAUUAUGGUACAGAGAGCUGAAGAAAUAUAUCCUUCACUGAAGGAAAGCCUAAAUAUUGAUCUAAUCAAAGUAGAAAAUGAUGUGGAUACACCAAGCGAACGUGAUUUCAUUGCCAUGAAAACUGCUGAAGUUUACCUGCCAUCAGCUUAUCCUGUAAAAAAGACUGAACCUGAGAACUGCAGCAACUUGCCGGAAGUUGUACCUGGUUCGUACAGUGAGACAUUUCUAACAUCUUCUCAUGAUGAAAAUCAGGUCAUCAACAUCAAAGUUGAGGUUGCCAAAGAUGUAGAAGAGGAGGAGGAUCCUCUGCUAAUAACAUUUCCAGUAACAAAGGCAGAACAUGAGAUUCCUCUCAAUGAGAAUCAAGUUAUACAUGAUGAGGAUCGUCCAUAUUCCUGUCAUAUUUGUCAUAAAUCAUUUCAUCUAAGGAGUAAUCUGAAGAGACAUCAACACUUACACAAUGGGGAGCGUCGAUAUUCCUGUGAUGUGUGUAAUAAAUCGUUAAGCAGUCAGAGUAAUCUGAAGACACAUCAACGCAUACAUAGUGGGGAGCAUCCAUUUUCCUGUGAUAUGUGUAAUAAGUCAUUUAAUCAGUCAGGUAAUCUGAAGAAACAUCAAUGUAUUCACAGUGGUGUGCGUCCAUAUCCCUGUGAUGUGUGCAGUAAAUCAUUCAGUAAUCAGAGCGAUUUGAAGAGACAUCAACGUAUGCAUAGUGGGGAGCAGCCUUUCAUUUGUGAUGUGUGUAAUAAACCAUUCAGUAGAAAAGGUAAUCUGAAGAUACAUCAGCGCAUUCAUAGUGGAGAGCGUCCGUAUGCAUGUGAUGUGUGUAGUAAGUCAUUCACUUGUCAAAGUAUUCUGAAGACACACCAACUCACACACAGUGGGGAACAGCCAUAUUCCUGUGAUGUGUGUAAUAAAUCAUUCGGUAGAAAAAGUAAUCUAAAAACACAUUACCUCAUACACAGUGGGGUUAAACCGUAUUCCUGUGAUGUGUGCAAUAAAUCUUUCAGUAGUCACAAUGAUAUGAAGAGGCAUCAACGUAUACAUAGUGGGGAGCAGCCAUAUUCUUGUGAUGUGUGUAAGAAAUCAUUUGCCAGAAAGAGUAAUCUGAAGAUGCAUCAUCGAACACAUAGUGGAGAGCGUCCAUAUGCAUGUGAUGUCUGUAACAAAUCUUUCAGUCUGAGGAGUCAUCUACAGGCACAUCAGCGCAUACAUAGUGGAGAGCGUCCGUAUUUAUGUGAUGUGUGUAAUAACUCAUAUCGUACCCUGAGUAAUCUGAAGGAACAUCAGCGUGUGCACAGUGGAGAAAGGCCAUAUGCCUGUAGUGAGUGUAAGAAAUCUUUUAGUCAGAGCAGUCAUCUUAAGACACAUCACUGUAGGGUAUGACCUGAUAUUUCUUUGGGCAGUGAGGUAGAUUAUAUUUUUCUCUCAGGGUUUUGUAUUUUAACCAGCAUAGUGCUCAUGGUGUUACUGUUGGGUACUUUGACAAAUGUUUACAAUUUCUUAUCUAUUUCUCUUACACAGAAACUUCCCAUGUGCUUGCUCAUUCAGCAUGUAUCCUUGAAUAUUAUGCAAAAUUAAAAAUUGUUUUUUUUAUGAAACUAGCUGAAUAUACCUGUAGCAUUAUGGUUGUACAAUAUUUACAUUUUCUUACUUUUCUUGGCUCAAAGCUUAUCAUAGGCCUGAUCAUCCAUCAUAUAUCAUUGACUGUCUUAAAAAUUCAAUUUCUAAACCCAAGAACAUUUGUCAUUACUGUAUCAUCUACAGUAAGUAGUUUGAAAGAUAGGAUUUGUGGUUUUCACAGCAGUGUGUCUGAAGAUGGCUGUGUUCUGGGUUGCAGCACCAUGUAGUCUGGUAGAAGUGUACCAGCAUUUCAGAGGCAAGGACCUCUGAAAAGUUGGUAAACUUUUAUCAGACUCUACAGUGCUACAACCCAGUAGACAGCUAUCUUUAGUUUCAAAGAUAUUCAUCAUGAUUUAACUCAUUUGUUCUGUAGGAAUAUAAAUAGCAGUUGGGCCUGUUCUUUCCCAUCAGGUAAGUUGCUAUAUCAUAAUUGGCUUGACAACCCUGUGUUGGCCCUGGCCUUCUUCAAAAGCUUCCUCCAGUCUUCUAUUUUGAUUUACAACUUAUUCCAGUUCCUCUCUCCCAAAAACCUGAUAUCAUGGUCAACAUUG